AUGGAUGCAGUGGCCGCAGAGGAACAGCAGCAACGCAAACAAGACAAAAAGGAACGCAAACAACAGCCAAGAAGGGAAGGCACGGCAGGCGGAGGAAAGGGCGGCGGGGGUUCGAAGCUCCGAGGUCUCCCAAAGGACUCGCAUGAGGUCCGCAUUUCCAAGACCCUGUCAUGGGUCCUGCGCCAUGGAGCGAAGUCAGAGAACCUGAAGAUGCGCUCAGACGGGUACGCUCGAGUUGACGACCUUCUGGCUCUACCCAAGAUGCACGAACUCGACCUUGCAUCCUUGGAGCAUAUCGUUCAGAAGGACGCGAAGGGGAGAUAUAGCCUCGUUGAAGAGAUCGACCCUCUGUCGGGGCAGUCAACACGGUGGAUACGUGCAAACCAAGGACAUUCCAUAGCGGCCGUCGUCAUUGAUUUGGAGCCCAUCCCAUCUCAUGCGUCGAUUCCAACAGGAGUCGCUGUGCACGGUACCUCCAAACGUGCUUGGGAGUUCAUUAAGGAACAGGGCCUGAGCAGGAUGAAGCGAAAUCAUAUCCACCUUGCACAAGGCGUUCCAGGCUCAGGCGUCAUAAGCGGGAUGCGGAAUACAUCGCAGAUCUUCGUCUUCAUCGACGUUCAGAAGGCGAUCAAUGCCGGCAUCGCCUUCUAUAUCUCAGACAACGGGGUUAUUUUGAGUGCAGGCGACGAGCAAGGCUUCCUCAAACCAGAUUUCUUCUCUCGUGUCGAGACCGCGGACCGCAAGCCCCUGCCCGGCUGGGACGCCCCCGAAGGCGUUCCCCAAGAUCCAUCAAAAACAAUUGAGGGCGGGUUUUCUAUCACCGGCGCAAGUCCACAUCAUUCCGCACCAGGUCAAGACGAUGAUUUGAAGCCCUCAGCGACGACGCAGGGUGCGGGUGUGGAGGAUGUGGCAGAGAAGCUAUCGUCAAUGAAUGUAUAA